CGAAUGAAAAGCAGGACUGAUAGGGGGUAUAGAUUCGUUUCCAUUUUUGCAUUCCCCUUUUUGAGCCGCAAAUAGGGGAGUAUCCCUCGUUGUGUUGCUUUGUUUUUUUUGUUUGUAACGCUUAAGUAAUUGCGAAGGGGAACCCCAGCCUGUAAAGUAACUCCCCAUUUGGUGUUACUAACUUCUCUGUUGGCACACGAAGGCACGCCCGUUCGCAGGAGUGCAGAGAGGCGUGGUUCGCGGCCUACCUAGCAGCACGCUGAGGAGGCUUCCCCCCCGGGUUUGUUCACACAGAUGUAUGUUUAUACAAGAGCGUGCGUAUGUUUGACUAUUACAUGCCUGCAUUGGGGCCUACCCGUGGUGCCCGCCCCUUCUCUUUGAGACUUCCCAAUCGGGGCAGCCCGCCAUGAUACAUAAGGGUAUCCAUGCCCACGGGGAGAGAAGAAGUCACGUAAAAAGAACAACUUUGUAUGAGCUAGGAAAAGGCUUGUCAGUGUGUUGGGGAGCCAAUUCUUUUGGAGGAGACCACCCCAAUAUAUGCUCCUUUUCACCUAGCGGACGCAUGACCACUUUUGCUUGACGGACUCAAUUUGUGACCCCUCUCCCCCCCCAAUUGCUGCCACCUCCCCGCUGAUGAGAAGAUGGCGGCGGAGGGAGAGCAGCAGCACGUGGAGGGGCACAAAAUGAUGAGGCAUCUUAACGAGUUAAAAAGGAGCUACCACAUUACGACGAAGGAGUAUGAAAAUAUAGUGAACAUCGGUGUACAGAACAAUGUAGCGAAUAUUAGGAUAAUAAAAAAUUUGUUCAUUUUAAAUACCCUCAUCCAUCAAGUGAGUAGAAAGCAUUUGAUGGAUGCCUUUGAAAAUGUAGAUAAUACGUUAAUUUUUAUUUUAAAAAAAAAUAAUACCAAUUUUGUCUUAAAAUUGGUAGGCAUAUUUUCCCUAAACCUGUGCUCCUACACAAGCUAUAAUAUUAGGGACCUGUAUGGCAGGCUAUUUAAGAUGACGCUUAACAAGUCGGUGGUUAACUCCCCAAGUGAAGUGAAAAGGCUGCAUGAGCACUUGCUAAAAAAUGUACUUGUUUUCACAUCCCUAAUUGUGUCACAUGUGCAUGCUCGGAUCGCCCCCCACAUUUCCUCCCUGAUUGAGUAUUCAAGAAAAAUAAAAAAAUCGGAGAGCCAGGAAUGCAAGUACUUCUACCUCCAGUGCUCAAACAGGAUAAUCAAAACGGAGGGAAUGACCCCCCCCGACAGUGAAAAGAUGUACAAAUUUUUGAAAAGGCAAUUUAAUGAAAAGGAUGAAAUAAUUAAAUGCAGAAUUGUUAAGUGCCUCACGUCUAUGUUUAUUAUACACCCGGAGUACUCCCUCCUGGAAUUUGACUUUUUUGUAAAUUGCAUCGCUGACGAUACGUACGUGAGUACCUAUAUCUGCCUGGUCAACAUCAGGCACAUCAUCAAGCUGCUCACGGUCAUCUUCUGCAACUGCGCCAAUGUGAGGUAUAGCCGAGGUGUGAACGAGCACGGGGCAGGGAAAAGCAGCUCCAGAGAUGGCGCAGAUGGGGUGGGCUCAGCUGCGGAGAGGGAAGAGGAGGAGGAAGAGCAAGAGGAAGGAGAAGAAGUCGAAAAGGAAGAUGAAGAUGAGGAGGCAAACAGUGAAGAUAACGAAAGAUAUGCACACGGGGAGGCAAAACGGAUGAACCACAAAGGCAGCAAAACAACCGAUGAGGGCAAAAAAAAAAGUUUUUUUUCCGACUUUUUAAAAAUCGCAACAGACGAAAUAAUGUCUAAAAUUAGCAAAAUGAAAGUCGAAGAAAAAGAGGGAGGGAAAAACUACAUCAAGCUGGAUCAUGUGGAUGGGUUUUUAUUUCUCAGUGAUAACCUCUUUAAUAAAAAAAUUGUGAAAAAUAAAAAGAGCGUAUUAUUUGUGUACGACUUUGCGUCCUUCAUGGUCUAUUUUAGGAGGACCCUGCUGAGCAUGUUUAGCGACGUGCACCACGAUUACACGGAAUUGAAGAAGCUCCACUUUUUGAAGAAGCUGGAGAGGUUCGCUUACUACGCGGAUGUGCUGCACCGCUUUGGGGCGAACGUGCACACCCAUGGUUGGGGAGCAGUUCUAUGCGCAGCUGGUGGAGGCAAAGUGUACGAAUUUUUUAGAAAGCAGAAGAAGGGGUCCAGAAUGAGGGCGGCGGCGGCGGUGCCUGCAUCUGCGUCUGCAUCUGUUGCCGCUAACGGGGAAGCAAGCGACAGCGAUUCGUUUAUCAAUUACCUCCUCGAGAAGGACUACAAAUUGAUGAAAGAAAAGGAACCACUGCGUUAUGACGAUUCGCACAUACCAGUUGAGGAAAAAAAAAUCUUCAAAACGUAUUGCUCCCUGGUUGGCAGUACCCUGGUGAGGAGCAUUUUCUUCCAGUCCUUUAAAAAGUUGCUCUCCUUUUCGAAGAAAUUCUCUGCAAAGUCAAUCAUAAAAAUUGUCAAGCUGUUUCUGCACCUGCUCGAUGUGACGUGCACAAAUUGCGCCAAAAGGAAAAACGUGAAGAAUCCGCUCCACACGAAUAAUAUGGCAAAUAGCUUAGAAAUAAACUUCCUCCUCUUCUACUUCGUCGAUAUUGUGGAAGAGCUGGUCAGGAGGAGAAAAAGGGACACCUACACGAUUGUUAAGGAGAAGGAGAGUAAGGUGAAGGAGCGGGAGAGGGAACAGUGCAACGUGGGUUACACCAACCAGUACGAUGAUCGGGUUGAGCGGAGGGGCACUACACACCAGGAGGGGGGGAAGGGCGCCCAGGGGGUGUACAAGGAGGAGGCCAACACGAACCAAUCGUGUAGACCUUCCGAACAGUCGGAAAAGGGGAAAAGGGAGAGCAGCUCGUCAUUUUGCGAAAAAGUAGACGAUAAAGGUAGCAGCGGUGGGGAGAGAAAUACCCACCAGGGUGGCGAAAAUGGCAGGAAAAACUUCUUAAAAGUUGGUAGGGCAAACUGGAGUGAAGCCCCCCCAGCGAGUGACCCGCACGGAGGGAAGAAUGACUCAAGUUGGUACAGCCCUAGGAGUAGCACGCCCAGUCAAAACGGGAGGGACUCAGAAAAUGGAGGCAAAACGAAGGAGCCCACAGAAAUGAAGAGAAAAAAUAAAAGGAGCGAUGAGAAGAACGCCGAAGAAGAUAACAAAGUGAGGACCUACAUACAAAAUCAAGUGAAAAAUUAUUUAAUACAAAAUAAUGAUACCAAUAUGGAUGUGAAUGAAAAAAAAAAAAAUAAUAUUCUCCUCAAAGGGUUGAUCAUUUUGUAUAAUAAAGUUAUCCUAAACAAUAGGAGCAUAAAAAAGGAAAAAUAUGACAAGUACGAGAGCUUUUUAAAAAUUAUUCUGAACAAUAUGAAUGGCGUGCACAUUGAUAUAGAUCUAAUUAGACACAUCAUUCAUUUAUUUGUAAAUGUAUUUUUUAAGUUCCCCCACUACACCUACCAUUUAAUAACCCUGCUGGUGAAUUACGUUACUAUAAUGAACGCCAAUUUUAUGACCUCCUUAACUCUGAACACGUUUGACGAUAUAGAAAAGCAAGUGAGCAUCUUGAUCAUCAGCUCCCUCUCGUUGGAAAAAAUUCUGUCCGCCUCCUCCAGGUUUUAUAGGCUGUACCACUUGAACAAUCUAAUUCUUUGCGUUUUCGACAUUUGCAAGUUGUUCUUAUCCAAGGUGCAGACGCACCCUUUGAAGACCAUCAACGAGCUGAGGAGAAUAAUCUCCUUUUCGCUCAUUCGGGCCAUCACGUCGGUGGUAGUGCACGAGGAGCUGCGCAACAGGCAAGGCGGGGGGAGCGGCGGGCAUAGCGGUGAUGGCCACCUCAUAGCCAGCGACAGUGGUGUGUACCCACUUGGGGGGGAACCCCGCGCAACCGCGACCCCCCAAGGAACACAAAAACAUUUGGCGAAACAAGAGCCCCUCUACGAUAAUGUCCUGUUCAAACUGCUGAUGGACAUCCUGCGCGAAAUGCUCAACGAAAUUGAGGAGGAAAAAAUGAAGCGCUUUAUCAGUUCCUAUGAAGAACAAAUGGAAAAAAAAAAAAUGAACUCAGCGAAUUUCUUUAUUGUAGAUAAUUUAUUCAUCCUAGUGUACAUCCUAAAAAGUGUCCACACCAUUCUCGCAUCAGACCUGCUCACCUUUUUCUUUUUUGAUCAUAUUAACAAAAUUAUGAAGACCCUCUUCGAUUUCUUGCGUCAAAUAUAUAAAGUAAAGAAGGACCAUUACGACAAGGGCUGUGAAAAUUACGAAGCGCAAUUCGGUGCGGUACCCCCCGUGAGGAAAGGCAAAGAGAAAAGCAUCAACAGUGGGAGUUACUCCAAAAAAGAGGGAAAAAAAUCCUUCCACUUUUUCGAGUACGGAUUUACUCAAAUGUGCAGACUGAUUAACAUUGAAAAUGUUUUUUUGAUUUUCCUAAUUUACAUGCUGAAGAUUUUUUGCCGCCUCUUCAAAUUUGUGAAGCAAAAAUUGGGGAGGGGAACCAAAAGUGGAGGGUCUUCGGAGGACGCCGCGAUUGGAAGAAGGGGAACAAAAAAUGGAGGGUCUUCAGAGGACGCCGCGCUUGGAAGAGGCGGAACCAACCUGCGUAUCGAAUCUGUCGAGGAGCGGCCCCCGUGUGAGGGAAACUCCUGGGGGGGGAAUUACAAACGGGGCAGCAGCAGCAGCGCCACUACAGUAGCUGCGACGGGGGAGGUCGCCACUGCUAACGCGGCCACCACCACUACUAACGCGGCCAUCACCACUGCUAACCCCUCCACGGUGAGUGCCCCCCCGAAGCAACCGUUUGCCCCCAUAUGGGAGGCGCUGAUGCAGGCCAAGUCCCGCGAGGGAGCGCCCUUCGAAGUGUUCCUAGAAUUGCUGAUCCACUUGGUGAAAAACAAAGACAAGGACAUUUUCAACAACGCAGUUGUUAACAUCCUGCAGAGGGGAGAAGCAAACCGGAGGGAAAAGAAAAAAAGGAAAAAGUCCACUACCCAUGUUGGGAAGAGGAAGGGGCAACUGUUCGGGGAGGAACCCGAGCUGGACGUCCUAAACAUGCUGACGAACAACUACGAAGCCUAUUACGAAUUGGUGCUAAUCCAUUUCGUGCAACUAUUCCAAGUGUACGUAGAAAAAAAAAAAUAUUUCAACGUGAUCAUAAAAAAUAUCUACAGGUGUAUCCUAAAUGUGGACUUAAACAAAAACGAGUUAAUAAUUUAUUUGCUAAUUUUGGAUAACUUUUUGAAAGCCAAAUUUUUUAACAAAAAAAAAGGAAAAAUAUUCAAAUGUAUGCUGCCCAUAUUUAAUGUACUAACUAGCCAUUUUGUUAAUCAAAAUAGCGGUCUUGUAAAUAUUCUUUUGAUAAAAAAUAUGACUCAUUUUAUUUGUCACGAUGAUAAUAUAGAUUCCUACAUCUUCAGUUAUGUAGCGAAACUGUACCAGGCGUACUCCAGGCAGAUCCUCCACGAGCAACAUUUGAGUAUCGUUUUUUCCACCCUUCUAAAAAGAGUCAUUUUGGCCUACAUCAAAAUUGAGGAUAAUAAUUCGUAUGGGGGGAAGAGUAUGAUUACUACUUCGAAAGAACACAAGAUGGCCAACGUAGGGGGGGCAUUCCCCUCUAGCAAUUUAAGUGCCGGCUCCCUAUGCAGCAGCACCUUUUUGGACACCCCAAGCAGUACACGUAGUGGAAGCCGUCUCGCCGCUAAAUGGAGAGCCACAAAAAAUUGCAAGCCAAAGAAGGCCAUUCUCACCAUGGAAAACUUCCGAACGUUGGACCUAUGCCAACCGCUGUCCCUUUUAGGAAGACGGGUGAGGAGAAACCCCUGCAGAGGAAUCAAAUUUAUUGAACUGAACAACUCUGCGAAAAAGGGGAAGUUUGCAAAAUGCUCCAGCAGUGGUGUAAGAAGCCACGCACCGGGUAGGAUAAGCCAUUCGGACGGACUAGCGAAUGCGAAACUGCUUGGUCAAAAAAAGGGAAAGAUCCUAGAAUUCUUCGAUACCUACCUGAACAUGCUGAAGGUAAUUCCUCACGAUAAUAAAGCAUUCGCGCUGGUUUUGAGAAACUUCAACGUGGUGGUAAGAAAGAUGCACACGAUAGUGACCCUGUGCAGGGUUAGGGACUGCCUGGACGUCGUGCUGGCCUACAUACUCAAGGCGCAGAACGCGAACACGUACCGGUUCGAAAUUGAGCGCGGGGGGGGCGUCAUAGGGCUGUUUAACAGCCUGCUGAGGGUGCUGCGGGGUGGCGCCAUGAGAAGCGGCAUGGUAAGCGGCAUGCGGAGUGAUGGCAUGCGGAGUGAUGGCAUGCGGAGUGGUAGGAGGGACCACAGACCUCCCACCUGUAAGAAGCGCUCCACGGGGAAGAAGCCCCCCCCCUCCCAGAGACAAACGUGCUUCGAAGUGGAGAGGCAAAUUCUGAACAUUUUCGAAAUUUUCCUAAGUUGCUAUGAAAAGAAGACGGACCGCCGCCUAUUCACCACGAUUAGCAGCCUGUUCCGCUUAGUGAGGAGGAGCAAAUUGGAAAAGUUUAUGAGCAGAAUAUCUGUGCUGCUACAGAGGAACAUAUUUCUGCAGAGCGAUAGGAAUAAAAUUCAAGUUGCAAUAAAAUGCGUGUGUAAGUUGCUGAGGAAAAAGGUCCAAGUUCCUCUAAGCGACAAUUUCGAUUAUCACCUGCUGGUGAUUUACAACCACCACAGUGAAGAGCAGAUGCACAAGAGCUUCACAGAUUUGCUGAAAAUGAGGAUCCUCACCUACGGGUUUUAUAACGUUAACCAGUGGGCCAAAUUAUUUGACAGAAUUUUGAAUUGUAAAAAUGUGUUCCUCUAUGAUCUCAUCAAGUAUCGGUCCAAGGGAAGGUACCCCAAAUAUGAAAGCCAUGAUGGUAGGAGAAAUUCGCCUGAACAGGAUGGCGCCAAGGAAAGUAACUUACUAACCAGUGAGAAGCAGCCAAGUGAGGAACUGAAUGGCUGCUCCAUUUUCCACACCUCCCUGUUCUGCAAACAUUUUGCCUACAAUAGGCACAUCAAUUUAAAAGAAGAAAAUGAACCAACGGGGGGGAACAAGGCCAUGUACUUUUUUAACGUUUUCAAAUUGAGGCAAAGUGAUUUCACCUUCUCCUUUGACACGAAAUAUUUGGUAAUGAAAUUGUUGUUAUUUUUUUUAAAAACGGUUAGUCUCUCCCCCCUUGUGUGUGUGCACAAUGAUGCGUACUAUGUGGGGUAUGUGAAGAAGCGCCUCAAGAAGGGGGGGGUGAGCGGCCAGGAAAAAUCCAUGAACGGCAGGAUUGGUGAUGAGGGAAACGUGAAGGGAGUUGCUCGAGAAAGGUACAACAAGAAGGGGUCCCCAAGUGGCAGCGGCAGGGGCAGCAGCACAUGCACGCGAAGAAGCCGCGGCAGUGACAGCAGCUGCAGUGAGCUCGGGCCAGCCCACCAACCUAACGUAUGGAAUAAAAUGAACAAAACGGAGUGUAUACCCCCGCGGGGUGACCCCCAGUUGAGGGAAGGGAACCACCAGAUGAAGGACCAAAUCAGUUACAUCGAAGAUGUGCUCUUUCGUAGGAGGAGUGCCAAAGGGGAGACCAAAAAAUGGGGGUCCACCCAUAAACACAUAAACAUAGAAAAUAUUUUGAACAACUUUUCCCUGUACGAUAAUUUCGAACCAUUGUUAAACAUCAUAUUGCAGAAUAUAAAUCAUGGCAUCCGAUUUGACAAGUUGUCUAGACUAGCCAUAAAAGCUUUGAUUCGAUUUUUAAAAAUUUUUAAAAACUCCAAAAUAAUUUUGGAUGAAUUUUCUAGUACCCAUGAAAUUAUGCUGCUCACAAAUUACGAAAUUAACAUUUUUACCUCCUUGAAGAUGUACUAUGAGUCUUUUCAUUUUUUGCAUUUUAGCUACCUGGAUGGCCAUCCUCCCGGGGGGGAUAAUUCCGACGUGGUGGGAGAUAAACCGGAUGACUCUCUCCAAUUUUCUCACUUUUUUUUGUACCCACUGAUGAGGGUGUAUAACUUAUUUCUAUUCCUAAAUGAAAUUGGGUUGUGCAAUUCGCUCUCGAAAAUUGUGGGACACUUUUUCUAUUUCGCCAUGAAGGGGGGACACACUGUUAGGGAAGAGCUCGCGGAGUGUACAGGAUAUGCACGGGGAAAAAACGACAUGACAAACGGGGAUGUUUCCACGAAUGGGCAUCACGCUUCUAAUGGGGAUGCUCCCCUACACGUGGAGGGAAAGAAGAAAAUUCCUACAAUAAACUCGUCGCUCUUCUUCUCCGAAUUCGACUCCUGUGUGUACUACCUCUUUUCAUACAAAUCAUUCUGCCUCUACGUAAUGAACAGCAAGAAGGUCCAAAGGAACCUGGGCAUCUUUAACAUAAAAUCGGUGGUGAAGAAUAUCAGCUACAUUCUAUACGACACUAUUGUCCUGUAUUUUUGGUCAUUUGGGGAUAGCAGAGGAGAGGAUUUCCAAAAGGAAUUGGUGCACAGAUUUUUUACCUGCAUGAACGAAAAGGCAAGAAGCUUAUCCGUCUUCUAUUUUAGCGCAUUUGCAAUUUUUUUGCAAUUUUUAAAUAUCAUAAGGAGGAGCAACGACCUUCACAUAGGUGCGAACAGUUGUGCGCUCUUCAAAAUAUUAAUAUAUUUUUUGUGUUACCAUUUGAAGGAGCACAAGGAUAGGUUAAAAGAGGAAACGAAGGAGAUAUACUUUGCGUUCAUUUUCGGGUACUUAACUUUGACUGGGUUUGUUUCGGAUUUGCCUCACCACGUGAGCAGCGCCAUUUCGCACCAGGGAGAUGUUACAUUUUGCGAAACGCAGCUCUCCAAUUCGGGGACCACUGACUGGAGGGGGAACAAAUCUCAUAGGGCUGAAAACGCAAGCAAAGGUAGCAGCGGUGGAGAUACAGCUAACCCGGUGUCUCUGCCCAGUGCAAAUGAGCAGAUCUUUUACGACGAAUCGAAGACUCCCUUUUUAGGAACCGUUUUGGAUUACAUUCUGAAACACUUGGUAACCUUCGUGAACGAAAGGGUUUUGCCAAACGUGCUCGAAUUUGUCUCUGCCGCGCAUGAGCACCUCGCAAAAAAGGUGCAGGGUGCAGGGGGGUCCCACCACCACAGCGUGCUCAGAAAAGUGUUCACAUUGCACUUAUUCGUAUUGGGCAAAUUUUUGACGAAGCGGCGUUGCGGCGCUGGGCAAAGAGGUGGGCGCGAUGGGGAACUUCCAACCGCGCUGUGGAACUCCGUGCUCAGCUGCUACACCCUCCUGGGGAGGUUAGAAGGGGAGAAGGCGGUAGAGGCGAACGCGGUAGAGGCGAACUCAGCAGAGACGAACUCAGCAGAGACGAACUCAGCAGAGACUAACGCAGUAGAGACGAACGCAGCAGAGGGAAAGGCCGUAGGUGCAAAUGUGAGCGAACCCAAAGUGGCGCGCCUGGCGCGCAAAAUAAAGGCGCUGCUGCAGGCGCUGUGCCUCCAGAAGAUGAGCCUCCUGAAGGAGGAAAAGCUGAGCACCAGGCUGCUGAAGCUGUUCUUCCAAAACUGCAGCGAAAGUGAUGUGCAGAAUUAUCUGAGCCAUAUGAAAAGCUACGAAGGGGAAAUGGCCAAAAUGGUGAAGGGCCAAGAUUUGACGCGCUUAAAAUUAUUUUACAUAAAGGUGAUCAUUUUUUUACACCAUAUCAACACAACAGACCUGGUGAGUGGAAGGAGCAAGGUGCAUUACACGCGAGAAAUUUUGGACGUGUUUAGCGCCGCCUCACGUAGGAUGAAAAUGGCGUACCUUGAAAUGGGCAUGGAAAGGAGGCGAACUAAUAUAAGCCCCAAAAAAAAGGAAGAAAAAAAUGGGCACACAAAGAACCAAAUUAUACACUCCUUUUUAAAUGCCAUAAAGAAUAUAUUUACCCUUUUACUAAAGAGGGAAGAUUCAAUCGUUUUCUAUUUUACGCAAAAUUUGAUAAACAAUGAUAUGCUGCCCAUCCUCUUGGUUAACCAUCCCACGGAUAGUGUGGACUACGAAGAAUUGAUACCACCUAAUUCGUGCGAGGAAGAUAUGAUCACCUACUCCUUCAGAAUUUUAAAUUUCUUUUUUGACACCUUCAUCAGUCGGGAGGCUCUCGUGAGGAAGAUCCUCAUUCCGUACGUCACCUUUGUUCACCAAGUUUGCCGCGUGUGUGAGGCCAACAGGAUUGACAUUACGAAGUCUUUCCUGACGCUGCGGGCGGGUGGGGACAAAGCGAUUAGCCCGUUAAGUAUGGCAGAGGGGGGGUUGUCUGACGAGCGUUUGGCUGACCAACGUUUGGCUGACGGGGGGUUGGCUGACGGAAGUUCCUCCCCUCAGAACCGCUUCCCCCCCACAGCCGUGGUAAGCACGGGAAGCGGCACCAUGACGAUAUACUUCAAAGAAGUAACAAACGUUUUUAGAAAUGUGGCCUUUAAGAAUGCCUCGUUUUUUAAGCACAUCCUGGCGGACAUCAGUGGGGAGGAGAAAGUCAUGGUGUAUAACCUCAUCAAAGAGGCCAUUGCUGUGGAGAAGCAGACGGAGCAGCGGAGUAAGCAGGAGGAGGAAAAGCUGGACUUUAGCUUUGUGAAUUAG